AACAUCUUUCAAGUGAUCAGAAUAGAAGGCUCCAAAAAAAAGUAACAGAAACUGCCCAAGAACGUGAGUCACAUCUUGCUCGAGAUAGAGAAAGAAAACGUUGUAAAGCAAGAACAAAUGCUAAUUUACAGCAAGAAUCAGAACAACCCGUAAUAUCAGUAAAUAUAGAAAGUAUAUAUACAAUUAGUGAAAAUAUUUCUACUUUAUCUCAAAUUGAAAAUAUUGAUAAUACAUCUGAAAAUGAAGAGAUUAUUAUAGCUAUAUUUUCUGAAUUAGGAUCUCAUGUUGAUAUAUUUAUUCAUCAGACAAGAACAAAAAGAGAUGAAAAUAGAAUUAUAAAUACUGUUAAUUAUCAGACAUUAAAUAAAAAUCAACAAAAGUCUGAAGUUGAUGCAGUUAAUUUAAAUAAACUUGAAUCUUUAAAGAAUCCUGUUGUCAAAGUUCUUGCUAAACAUACUAGUGACCAAGAAGCUAAAAAAGCUGAUUCUGAUAUUGCUAAAGAAGCUGGAUUAGUUAAUGGAUCAAUAGGAACUAUUUAUGAUAUUUUGUACAAUAAGAAUGGUUUAUAUUUUCUUCCUGUAGCAGUUUUUAUUGCUUUCAAUAAUUACAAUGGUCCUGCUAUUAGAACAUUAGAAG